AUUGGUACGUGCAACCACUUUUGUUAGCACCCUAAUUGCCGGUUACCACCAAAAUAAACUUUUUACUUUUCAUCAACAGAAACUUCCACUCGGUUGAACAAGAACGGAAAACUGCUGAGGAGAGAGAAGAGCAGGCGUUGAUCAGCUGCUGCGAAGAUGGAGAAAGAAGAGACGGUGAAAUUGAUUAGCUCCGAUGGCUUCGAAUUCAUCAUCGACAGGAAGGCCGCCAUGGUUUCUCAAUUUCUUCGCAAUAUGCUUACUUCCCCAGGGGGUUUUGCUGAAACGGAGAACGGAAUUGUGAGAUUUCCGGAAAUAAGUACUACUAUUCUGGAGAAAAUUUGUCAGUAUUUCUAUUGGUCUCGUCAAUACGCUAGUGGAAAGGAGACCGAAUUCCACAUUGAACCUGAACUUACUCUGGAGCUGAUGAUGGCUGCUAAUUAUCUCCAUACAUGAGUAGAAUUUGCUUCUCUUUCUCACCGUGGCAUUCUCUAUUUAUGGAAUGCUCAAGGAUGCCCACUUAAGGAUGGAAUUUCAUAAAUUUACUGGCUUAUCUUCAUGUCUUUGCUAUCAGCUCUGGUCCCUUGGAGCUGUCAGACCAGGGACAUUGUUUAGGAGUAGGACUGAUUGUCAAAGACUGACCGGAAGUUCGUCUUGGAUACUGAAACAGAAGUAUAUAACAUCGUAAUUCAGACUAAUAGAACUUGUAUGUUUAAUAUUCUGGAAAAAUAUCUAUAUUCCUGUUAUGUCUGUUAAUACACUGUCCGGAACUGUUUUUGGUUCUUCUCUUUAUCCAUGCAUUAAUUAGUCC